ACUAACAGCGCCACCUACAGACAGGAGGAAAGAGCGGCGCGUCUGGCUGAGGAGAGAAAGGGAAAUGGCGGCCGGCGGCGGCUGUGCCUGAUCUGAGGGAGAGAAAGACAACGAGUGCCGCUGCCCCGGGGCAGUCGAUAGUAACAGGGGGUGACAGGGGAGCCGGCCUGGGAACAUGGUGGGGACCCGGCGGAGCGCUCUGCUCAAAGGCUCGGACGGGAGGUUCAUCUCAUCUCGCACCCGCUCCAGCCAGAACCGGCCCACUGGGAAGCCGGCAAAGAAGGAUGCCUGCAGUGACGGUAGCCUGAGCGACAGCCAUUUGUCCCCUCCUGCCAAACGCCCCUGUAAACAUGCUGCCGAACCUGUGUGUAAAGAAAGCCCCCAAACUCGUACGGCCAAACAGAGGGAGGGCUGGAGUAUUGCAACCAGGAGAUCAAGGUUAUCGUCUCCAACUGGUGCUACAUUACCAAACAGCCACAGUAGUUUAUCACUUAGAAGCCACCCACGACAUGUGGAGAAGGAGGGAAGUGGAGAUCACCCAUGUAUUAAUGGACGGGAAGUUCGAAGAAGCUGCAGGCCCAAGAGUAAUAGAUUUGAGUCUCUGAAUCAGAGUUUACUAUUUGAUCAGCUUGUAAAUAGCACUGCUGAAGCUGUAUUGCAGGAAAUGGACAACAUCAAUAUCAGGCGCAGUGGCAAAUCCAGAGAGGUGGAACGGCUCAGGAUGUGGACAGAUACUGAAUUUGAAAACAUGGACAUGUAUUCCCGUGUUAAAAGGAGAAGAAAAAGCUUGCGUAGAAAUGGCUACCCAAUUAAAAACCACCACGAGGAAUCCACUGAAGGCGAGGAAGAAGUGUCUGAAGAGUCCCAGGAAGAAGGGGAGGAUGGAGAUGAAGAAGCGGAGGUUGAAGGAGAGGAAAAUGAUCGGCCAUAUAACUUGAGGCAGAGGAAAACCGUGGAGCGAUAUCAAGCUCCUCCUAUUGAGCCAGCACAUCAACGGAAGAGACAGAGCACUUUGUUCGAUACCCAUCGAUCUCCUGCACGAAGAAGCCAUAUCAGGAGAAAGAAACAUGCAAUACACAGCAGUGACACAACCUCCUCUUCAGACGAAGAACGGUUUGAAAGGAGGAAAUCCAAAAGCAUGGCCAAAGCAAGAAAUAGGUGCUUGCCAAUGAACCUUCGAGCAGAGGAUUUAGCUAGCGGAAUACUGCGUGAGCGUGUAAAGGUUGGAGCCAGCCUGGCUGAUGUAGAUCCAAUGAGCUUAGAUAGAUCAGUGCGAUUUGAUCGGGUGGGUGGACUCAGUGAACACAUUUAUGCAUUAAAAGAAAUGGUUGUAUUUCCCCUUUUGUAUCCUGAAAUAUUUGAGAAGUUCCGAAUACAACCACCGAGAGGUUGUUUGUUCUACGGCCCCCCUGGUACAGGCAAAACUCUAGUUGCAAGAGCUCUCGCCAAUGAAUGCAGCCAAGGAGAUAAGAAGGUUUCUUUCUUUAUGCGCAAAGGGGCCGACUGCCUGAGCAAAUGGGUUGGCGAAUCAGAACGACAGCUACGUCUUUUGUUUGACCAAGCCUAUGUGAUGAGGCCGUCUAUCAUAUUCUUUGAUGAAAUAGAUGGGCUGGCUCCAGUUCGUUCCAGCAGACAGGAUCAGAUACACAGCUCUAUAGUGUCUACCCUACUUGCACUUAUGGACGGACUGGACAACAGAGGCGAAAUCGUCGUUAUUGGUGCUACUAACAGACUUGAUUCAAUAGAUCCCGCACUCAGGAGACCUGGUCGAUUUGACAGGGAGUUUCUUUUCGGUUUACCUGAUCAGAAGGCAAGAAAGCACAUUUUACAGAUACACACGAGGGACUGGAACCCCAAACUGUCUGAUUCGUUCCUAGAGGAACUCGCGGAAAAAUGCGUUGGCUAUUGUGGAGCUGACAUUAAAGCACUUUGCACUGAGGCUGCCUUGAUUGCCCUUCGUCGGCGCUACCCACAGAUUUAUUCCAGCAGCCACAAGCUACAACUGGACAUUUCUUCUGUUGUUCUCGGUGCUUGCGAUUUUUACCAUGCAAUGAAAAACAUUGUGCCUGCUUCUCAACGUGCUGUCAUGUCUCCUGGGCAUGCCCUGACUCCGGUUAUUAGGCCACUCUUAGAAAGGACAUUCUCCAACAUACUCCGUGUCUUGCACAAAGUGUUCCCACAUAUUGAGUUCAGCCAAAACAAUAAGAAUGAUGAUGCUGCAAGUCUCCUCCUGGAUGAUUGUGAAGACGAGAACACUUCAUCAAUAUUUGAUGUGAGUUGUGCCUCAGGAUCACCAAAGAAACAGCCAGCUGCUCUCCACAAACCCUUCCUCCACUUUACCAUGUCCGCUUGUUACCAGCCGACUUCCUAUCGGCCCAGACUUCUGCUGUCCGGGGAGCCUGGCUCAGGUCAAACCUCGCACCUUGCCCCAGCUGUGCUGCACUCUCUUGAAAAGUUUUCUGUGCACAGAUUGGAUCUACCGACACUUUAUUCUGUCAGUGCUAAAACUCCCGAGGAGUCCUGUGCACAGGUGUUCCGGGAAGCCCGGAGAACGGUGCCCAGCAUUGUUUACAUGCCCCAAAUUGGUGAUUGGUGGGAUGCAGUCAGCGAUACUGUGAGAGCUACCUUUUUGACGCUCCUACAAGAUAUUCCAUCUUUUUCUCCAAUCCUCCUACUGUCUACCUCUGAAACAGUGUACAGUGACCUGCCAGAGGAGGUGAGAUGCAUAUUCCGAAUCCAGUAUGAAGAGGUAUUUAUUAUUCACAGACCAAACCAGGAAGACCGGGCUAAAUUCUUUCAGGACAUCAUUCUCCAUCAGGCAGCCAUGCCUCCUCCACGGCACAAAAAAGCUGCACUACGAGCUUUGGAAGUUCUGCCUCCUGCGCUGCCACCACAAGUCCGACAGCUCUCCGAGGUGGAAAAGCAAAGGAUGGAGGAUCAUGAGGAGAAUACACUUCGGGAGUUGCGGUUGUUCCUCAGGGACGUCACCAAACGGCUGGCCACCGACAAGCGCUUUAGCCUCUUCAGCAAACCGGUGGAUAUUGAAGAGGUUUCGGAUUACCUUGAAGUCAUCAGAAAUCCCAUGGAUCUUUCCACUAUAAUGAUGAAGAUCGACAAACACCAUUAUCUGACGGCCCUGGAUUUCCUGCAGGACGUUGACCUUAUCUGUAGCAAUGCCUUGGAAUACAAUCCCGACAAAGAACCGGGAGAUAAAAUCAUCAGACACCGUUCCUGCACCCUGAAGGACACUGCACACGCCAUCAUUGCCGCUGAACUGGACCCGGAGUUUAACAAACACUGUGAAGAAAUCAAGGAAACCAGAGCGAAACGAGGUCUUUUGGCAAAUACAGAGCAAUUAAAUUGUCAAAGUUCUGCCGCUCGCAAGGCCGAGGCAGGAGCAGAGGAAGGAUUUCAGAGCAAGCACAGGACGGCAUUAGAUGUUGGAAGCCACUCUGGAAGCAAGUGUGUAUUUCCUCUGAAGAGAAAGCCAAAGCGACGGCCACAGUGGGGGAGAGGCAUUAUUAAGAAGAAGAAGUCCAGCUGCUGUUUGAAGAAAGAAUUCGAGGAUGCCAAGUUCAAUGACUAUGAAAAUCACCAAGAUGGACUGGAGAAUGGGGAUCUGGAGAACAGCACAGACUGCCUGGAAGAGAACGGAGAAGAAACUGGAGACCUUUCAGUAACCAACGAUGAGUCCUCCUGUGAUAUCAUGGACGGCGAGGCCGAGCACCCAAAUGGCACCCUAGGAAAAGAAAGCAGUGUGGUGUCCACAGAGGAGGAAAGCUCAAACGAAUCAUUGUUAGUAAAUAGCAAUCCAACGUUGAAUCAAGAAACUGAGCCCGCCAAGAAUCCAUCUUUUGCUCCGGAAUGCUUAAAUGGCGAUGCUUCUAUAGACAGCUUGGAAACAUCAGACCUGCAAAACGGCAAGGGUAAAGUCACUUCCCUCCUGGCCAAUGAUGAAAAGCAACAAAACUCUGAGCCUUCUGAACAUUCUGCUCAACAGGAAAACCCCAUUGGUAAUUGUGAUAAAUCAGCAAUAGUGGAUGCCGGUGAAACGCAGCAGCACACGCAUUCUGAACUCGCACAGACUGAUGAGCCAAUCCGUGUAAAUAUGGAGGAUGACCAAGAAGCAGCUGAAUCGGUCAGAACAGCACACAAGGAGCAGGUGUUGGAAGAUCAGCCGGACCCUGAGCCUCCCUUAGUCGUAGAUCACAAGAGACUUAAGAAACUUCUCGAUGUAUUGGUGAAAAAAAGCCACAAUUCAACGGUUGACCAGCUUGAACGGUGGUAUUCGCUUCUCAGCCAGUGUAUCUACCUGCACAGGAAGGAGUACGACAAAACUAAGCUAGUCGAGGACUUGGAGCGAACAGUUCACAUGUUUGAAACAUUCCUGUGAAAGUUGCCCAAGCAGCUGGGUUCAUCUUCUAACUGCUCGAUGGAGAGCAAGCCCUCUGAGCUAUCAGAUAUUUAUUUUCAGUGGCACCAAGCUGGCCUCUGAGCCUCGUUCUCCAUCGUUUUGACCUCUCCCCACCCCAACUGUUUAAAAAAAAUAAAAAGAUUGGUGCUAUUGUCUCAGGUACCUGAUGCCAACCAGCCUACUAGAACCAAACAGAACUCCAUUCUCCUCAAGGACAAAAAAAAACAAAAAAACCCUUUAUCCCACAUCUUGAAGAUUAGUGGUGCUAAUGUGGGGUAGACCAGAAAACCCCAUCCGCUCUUGUUUCUCCACUUCUCCUGUGGCACCACCUAAACCUUCAGAAAAAGGCUCACUUAUUUGAGGAGAGACAGAGCUAACCCGGAUCACAGAUAAAAGAAGUAACCGGACGCUUGUAUUCAUGUUUUUUUCUGACUACACCUACAUCCAUUCCCGUUCAUCCUCCCUUUCAGGCAUGUGCUGUGCGGCAAACAGAAUGGGACACAGUGCGGGGCUGUGGUUGAAUAUGAAACACUCUCUUUCCAUGGCUGCCCCUUUUGUGCCUUUUUUACUUUUUUAAUGCUAACCUAGUAUAUUGGAUGGUUUGUAUUGUUUAAGGGUAGCCUGGGAGGGGUGUCUUGUUGCCACUAAAGCUCUCUGCCUAGUGAAACAAUCUGACUUGGGGUAUGGAACGGGAAGAUCGUUUUUGGCAUUAAUGGAGAUGUCUGCUGCUUGAUUUGGUUUCAGGGCAUUGCGUGUUCUGAAGGGUGAAGAGGGUCCCAUAUGUCCCUCUCCUACACUAGGGUGUCCAUAUUUUAGCUGAAUAGCAAGAUCAAUAACUUGUCUUCUGUUUCAGCUGGAUAAUAUCACAAAUAUCUUUUGUUUCAUCUGAUCCAAACGGGCUCACCCAUUAGAGCCGAGAAGGUCCAGGCCUCUGUACUAAGGAGCCUGGGAGCUGUUUGUCUUUCAUGGAACAUCAUUUUCCCACUUUUGUGUUUAUCCACUGUGGUUUUAAUUCGAUUAAUCGAGGACUUACUAGGAGAUGCUAUUGCUUCUCUUAGGACGCAGAUAAAGCUUGCGUGUGCCUCUUUGUACCGACUUGGUUUAUUUGGUUGCUGGAAUUCUAUAAAGGUACAGUUGGUUUUCUUCUAUUUGGUGAAUAUUAAUUCAUAGUGACAAGGCCAGCUACACUGUGUGGGUUCUCCUAGUGUUUUAUAGUGAUAUUGGCACAUCUAAACUAAUUUCAGCUCGGGAUUCUUGAUUUAUAAUGGUCAGUACGUUGCGGAAUCAGGUUUAGUCAACAAGCCGUGUGUGUGUUGGUAAAUAGAUUGAAGCAUCCAUAGCUGUCCAUGCAGUUUGUGCUUUCUGCUUUGUAGCGUACCUGGUUUGCAGAGACUUUUUUUUUUGUCUCAUACACUUGUGAGUCUUGCUGAUAAAGGGAGUGCACCUGCCAGGGAACGGAUCACUGCCUCUGCCACAAUCUUAGUCGUGGCCCUUGACAAACUACAGAACAGAAAGCACACACUGCAGGGAGAAGUGUCGGAGUUUAAAAAGACUUAACGUAGGAGCAUUUCUAUAUCGGGGAUUGAACGCUGCGAUUAGGCAAGAAGUGUCUGUAAACCUUUAAGUGUAUUACAUUUGAAACCAAACUCACACAUCGAUCUCUGUAUGCAGCAGCUGUCAGGGGUGCAUGGAAUUCAUUUCAUCCAUGGCACAACUUUAACAGGUUUCCACCCACAGCACAAUGGUUGUUUUUUUUGUUUUCGAGGCAUCGUCGGUGUGAAGUGUCUCCUGUACCCUUCCCAAUAUACUGACCAGUAUUCCCAAAGCAAGAAUAAGUUACAAAACUCCCUUCCCUUUCAGUAUAACUGUUACGGUGUGUGUUUAUACCCCCUUUCCUUGCCCAUGGGGCUGAGCACACUCCAUGGAAAAUGAUGUGGCAUCGGCACAUACGUUGCUUGUAAUCACGGGCAGAAUUCCUCCCAAAGCCAAAGUUGGUGCAGGGAUGUGUAGAACUGUAUUUUGUUUGUAUAUUUUUUAAUUGCUCAGUGUUUGCAACGGCCUCUGACCCUAGCAACCAGGCAUACAUUUGAAUUUUAUACCCCAAUGGUUGUGUAGCCCUGCUUGAAAGCCAAUGGCUGUAGCAGCCUGGGCAACAAACUGGACACCCUGAACGUUCAUUCACCUUCCAUGUUUACUCCUGUGUGUGUGUGCAGCCAAACCAAUGUGGCCUAUAGAAGCAGCUGCAUUACAUGUGUACAUUGUGUGAACUAGGCCUGGGAAGCCUCUACUCCCCGUACAUUAAUUGUAGUUGACUGAUAAAACUAGUUUCCCAAUGAGAUUCUCGGCUGGUUGACUAAAUAACCUCGUCUUGACCACUUUCUUUUGUACUUGGAGAAAAAAAAAUGUAUUCAAUUUUUUUCUGAAUGAAAAAAAACAAACAAAAAAAAAACAAAACCUAGAUUAUAUUUUGAGGGAAUUUCCUGGCAUGAUGGGUUCUUUUGGAGACCUCAGGUUUUUUGCUGCAUUUUUAAAAAAAACAAAAACUAUUUAUUCCCGUUUCAUGUGUUUAAGGCUAGUUUAGUUGCGCUCGCGUCUUGGGAUACAAACUUUUUUGUACGGUCACAGACUUUGUAAGGAGAUUUUUUUUUUUUUAAUUGUUGGUCGCUGGCCUUGAAACCCUGAAGAAGAGGCCAGUUUUGUUAAUAAAGGUUAAAAAAUAAAAAGAGAGAAAAAGUGUCUUUUUAAUAGUUGUGAGGGAGUGAGCUGCUGUUUUUACUGGUCUGUUUCUGAAAAUAAACCCAUGUAAGUGUCAAUUGUGAGCACAAUGGAUACGGAGCGGGCAGGGUGGGGACCUAUAGAAAUGUUUUUUUUGUUCCUGUAUAUACAUAUAGAUUUCACUUGUUUCUUUUGCUCGUUUUUCUGACGUUGUUGUCUUUCUGAUUCAUCCCGUAUAAUGUUUUUAUUUAGAGCCGGGAUGUUGAACCAGGUCGGUCUAUAGCUGUGACUCCCAGAAUCCCCCGCACCAAUGGAGGAUGCUGGUGGUAGUCGCAACGGCUCAUUGCGGUUGGCGUCCAUUUUUUUUUUUUUUUUUUUUUUUACAGUCAAGCUGCUUGUAAAACCUCAGCCCCUUCCUCAUGAGUGCUAAUAAUGAAAAGUUUUGUUACCUCUUCCCUAAUGAAAUGUUCUUCUAGAAAUAUUCUGCUUCAGCGAACAUCAUAUAUAUAUAUUGUACAGAUAUUUCCGUAUGAAUAGCCGGCCGUGUAAUGGGUUCCUACUGUGCCAAUAUACAUCCAAAAUCCCCCCACUUUUUUCCAUUUCACGAGUCUGAUGUCCUAAAGAGAAAUGAAAACAUUGCGCGGUCCUUUCUCACAGCGGAACGGCUCAGCCGACCGUAACAUUUCCACGAAACCGAAAAUCCAUAAAGAUUAGUUAUUGUACAAGAGCCUUCUGUCACCCCCCGCUGCUGUGAGAGCCCCCGGCGUGCUGUACUGCAGGAUAACAUCCACAACUGGACUUUCACUCUCUCUCUCUAAGCACAUUCGGAUUGUUUUCAAAAUGGCAGCACAGAUUGCGGACAACUUAAUUCCCAGAGAGCCGAAGCUGCCAUUUUGGUUGUUCCUGGAAAUGUUAUUGUAUUCGUAUUGUUAAAUGUUUUCUCUUUGUACCAGGCUCGGUACCCAGUUGUGUGGUGUCUAUUUGAUUUGAUCUGGGGCUGUACACACAGGAGCAGAGGACAUUGCUUCUGCUUUAGUUGAUCCAGUCCUGUGACUGCCCCCCAUAGACUUGAUUUGAACUUGCUUUUGAGUCUUAGCCAAUUGUACGGAGCUCUUUCAAAGAAACCUUAGACAAGCCGAUCCAAUAGCUUCCAGGCGAUUUCAGUAAAAGUCAGCUGGGAGGGCAGUUUUAGGUGUGGCCAUAGAUGUUACAAUUACGAUCUUUCCUGGAAAAGAUCUUCCCAAGAAAGACUUGUAGCACUGAAUCAUCUGAUAUACAGGUAGAAACAAUAGACUUUUACCUGUAUCUGACGAUUCAGCACUAUCAAUGGCCAAUGUUCAAGUGCCUUCAAAGGCGACCAAUCAAAAUUUUACAGCCAGCCCGAUCCAUGAGCCAAUCAAUAUCAAAGUCUUCAGCCAUUAUCAGUCGGCUUGUCUCCCACAAUUCACACACCGAAUAUCGUGCGGACAUUUGUUUCGUAUGAUAUCUGUUUGUCUGUGGCCAACUUUACCCUUUGAAAACACAAAAAUACAGGUCAUACACUACCAGGCAUUUAUGGGAAACUUACAUUAGGCCACUUUAAUAGUUGGGUCCUGCCCUCUUGUUGCCUAACAAUCAGUUGGUGCAUUUUGCUCUAAAUCUCUUGCGUCUUCAUGUGACUUCAUGGCUACUUGGGAAGGUCACCUUCUGGCAUGGCACAAGUAUUGGCCUGGAUCACUUUGUCUUGGUUUAGGAAAUGGAAUGCGGGGAACCUGUGACUCUAUCACUUUAGAAAACCAUUCCACAGUGUCUCAGCAGGCCACGUCUUUGGGGUAUCCCUGUUGGUGUGAAAGUGGAUCAGUAUAAUUUAGCACAGGUGUUUUUUGUGUCGGGGGUCGGUCCCUCAGCACCUCAGGCUGGGAUCCCUCACCCUGCCCUCUGGGUGUUUGGUGGGUCAAGGACAGGUUUUAAAAUUCUUUUAAAUGUUGAAAUAAGUUUGCUGAAGUUAUUAAAUGUGUUUUUUUCCUCUCUGUCUCUCUAUUAACAGCAGAGAUUAGGUGUUCCGCCAGUUGGGGAUCUAAACUUCCCAGCAUGCCCCAGCCAGCAGAGCUGAUUUGGAACUUUGCUGCGUUCAUCGUUACGUAAAAGUAAUUGCGAUGGAUAUAAAGCGCCGGUGUUACUUUAAUGUCUGAAUGCCACCCCCAACUUUCCUUUGUAUCGUUACUUGGUUUUCUCACGCGCCAAUGUGUUUUUUAGAUAAGUGUAUGUCUCUUAUUUAUGUGUCUGUCUUUUCCUCUCCCCAUUUGCUAUGGCUGUUCUCUUGGCAUCUUGGAAGCUUGGCGCAGGAGCUUACCAUCCUUCUGUUGUGAUCACAAUAAGCUUGAAUUUGUUUGGGAUUAUUCCUUAAUCUUUUGUACUUUUUUUUUUAUUUUGAGAUUUAAAUUUUUUUUUGUUAAGCUCGUGUACAUCUAUGGACUCUCCAAGGCAUCCGGUAUAUUCAUUCAGUAGUGUUUGGGUUUCACCAUCCGUCGCUAGUAUUCCCAUGGGUUUUUUUUUGUUUUUUCUCGUUACCCCUCUCCCUUUAUAUUGCUUUUGCAACUUUAUUCAUUACACUUAAAGUAAGUUAUUUAAGAAUUUUUGACAUUGAAUUUUUUGGAAAAAUUACUGUAAUUUGUAAUAUAACUGCUGUGACAUACUUGAAUAAAGAUAAGAUGGGAAAA